AGAGAGAGAGAGAGAGAGAGAGAGAGGCGGGGGGAGAGAGAGAGAGAGAGAGAGAGAGAGAGAGAGAGAGGAAGGCUGGUGAUUACAUGUGUUGUUCCACCUGCAGGCAGCGGUCAGCCGGACAACACGACACCGAGGAGGAGCGCAGCAUCCCGGGGAGAAGGAGUCGGAGGAGACGGUGAAGCGGUGGAAACGAGCUGAGUCCGUGGAUCUGAGUUUAAAUCCGCUCCGUCACGUCCUCUGGUUUCAGACAUGAGCGGAAGAGUUGGAGACCUGAGUCCUAAACAGACUGAAGCUCUACAGCAGUUUCGAGAGAGGAUACAAGACAUUCUUCCACAACUUCCUGCACAGCAUGACCACUUCCUGUUACGCUGGCUCAGAGCCAGAAACUUCAACCUGCAGAAGUCGGAGGCCAUGCUGAGAAAGCACGUGGAGUUCAGGAGAAACAUGAAGGUGGACACGAUAAUCACUGAGUGGCGUCCACCAGAGGUGAUAGAGAAGUACCUGUCCGGGGGGAUGUGUGGUCACGACCGCGAGGGAAGCCCCAUCUGGUACGACGUGAUCGGGCCGGUGGAUCCCAAGGGCCUCUUCCUGUCCGCCUCCAAACAGGACUUCAUCAAGUCCAAGAUCAGAGACUGUGAGAUGCUGCAGCAGGAAUGUAGCCUCCAGUCACAGAGGCUGGGGAAGAACGUGGAGGCGAUCACGAUGAUCUACGACGUUGAAGGUCUGGGUCUGAAACACUUAUGGAAGCCUGCUAUAGAAACAUAUGGAGAGAUCCUCCAGAUGUUUGAGAACAACUACCCCGAGGGUUUGAAGAGGCUGUUUGUCAUUAAAGCCCCCAAACUCUUCCCUGUGGCCUUCAACCUCAUCAAGCACUUCUUGAGCGAGAACACGAGACACAAGAUCAAUAUCCUCGGAGCGAACUGGCAGGAGGUUUUACUGAAGUACAUCGACGCAGAGGAGCUGCCGAUGAUAUACGGCGGCAAACUGACGGAUCCUGAUGGAGAUCCUCGCUGUCGCACCAGGAUACAUCACGUCGGCCCAGUUCCUCCGUCGUACUACGUGCGGGACCACGUGAAGCAGGACUACGAGCAGUGUUUGAACGUCAGUCGAGGAUCCUCACAGCAGCUGGAUUAUGAGAUCUUGUUCCCGGGCUGCGUCCUCAGGUGGCAGUUUUCCAGCGAGGGGGCGGACAUCGGCUUCGGGGUUUUCCUCAAGGCUAAAAGGGGAGAAUGGAGGAAGGCGGGUCAGAUGCAGGAAGUCGUUCCCAGCCAACGCUACAACGCCCACUUAGUGCCCGAGGACGGAUCUCUGACCUGUGAACGCCCCGGAGUCUACGUACUGAGAUUUGACAACACCUACAGCAUCUUCCAGAACAAAAGAAUCAGCUUCACAGUCGAGCUCCUGCUGCCCGACCACCUACUGCCCCCGCAGGCCAACGGGGGCUCCAGCAGCCGAGCGCAAGCUGAGGACAAACCUGUCGUCCCUGAGGAGACGACUCCACGUGCCUCCGCCAUGUUGUCAGAUCAGUAAUAUUCCGCCACAUGUAAGCACAGCCUGACGUACUUGAUCCGCUGACACACAGUUCGGUCCGACGUGGCCUCAGAUGAGUGUGUGCACACUAACAGUGUUAAAUCUGAACGUUUGAAGACCCUUUAAUAAACCUCCAGGACCUCACUCAGAAAGUUCAAAUCUCCACUGAAAAGCAUUUAUGAAACACACUGAAAUAUCCAGAACAUACACACACACACAUAUAUAUUAUAUAUAUAUAUAUAGAAUCGGGAAUCAGGAAUUUUUUACUCGCAUAUGAAACAUCGGUAUCGGCCCCUCUACAUCUACAUUGAUCUAAAGCAGAUUUCAGUUUAAUUGUUUAUUUGAACCAAUAGUUAUGUGAUUAACUUGAGCUUCAGAUCAUCUGUACUCUGACUUUAAUGCAGCAGGUGUCUUGGUCCAGCUCAGUGAUUGGCUGACAGGAAUAGCUCGGCUCAUACAGUUUGAUAAGAUCUCAAAUAUAAUCCGGAGCUGAUCAAAAUCAAUCCUAAAAACAAACGCUGAGCCAGUGUGACGUGGCUGAAACGGGUUUUCAAAGCAAUGCAUUUCAGUGGAUUCUGUAAUUACUUCACGCAGAGCUUCAUGCUUAUAUUUUGAUGAUUUAUUUAUGUAUUUAUUUUUCACGAUUUUCGUUCCACAUAAAGGGGAAACGCUGGAUCAUCCACGGUUUGAGUCAGUUUCUACAGCCCAAUGAAAACCACACAGUACAAUGUCAGUGACACAGCUAGCUAACUGAAAAGGUAUUAGAGUUAACGUGUUUUCAAACAAAGACCUAGUAGUGUUACAUGUUCUCACAUUUUAAAAUGCAAUCACAUACUUUCCUGUUUGGAACAACUAUGAAAACCUGCAGCUUCACAAUGACCUAACUUACCAAAGUGAACAGAAGCGAUUGGCUGUUGAAAAGAAUCAAAGCACUUUGAUAACAAUGAUCCAUAAUCGUCAACUUUAGGUUUCACUGAACAGCCAGGGGUGGGACAUGGAAAUACUUUUGUGUUUGACAUUUUCAGAUCUGUAGGGGGCAAGAAAAAGGUUAAUUAGGUUCCAGCACAGGCAACAGAAUGCCUUUUGUGAAGCUACUCUCAGAUAUGCACUGAACUCCAGAGAUCCUCCACAGUAUCUCUGGAGGAGACGCAUGUGUCCGAGUGAGAGCCUCCGGAGUUUCUGCAGACUUUCUCUGGCUGGCCCCCAAGUAUAAAGUCAGCGGUCACAACAUUGAAAGAACAUAAAGACUAUAAAUAUCUCAGGAUGAAAAAGCGAAGGCAGUGACGGAGAUGUCAGGAGAGUUUGUUGUGAUCGUCCUGCCUCCGCCUGCUGCACCCCCCCCCUCCCCCCCGGUCACUCCGGAGGAUUUGUUGCUGUCGUGAACGCGUCCGAGCGGAGAAUCUCCCGCUGUGUUGUGCAUGUGUGAAAGAAAACUUCUGGAGAAAGUCCGGAGUUCCUCAGGAGGUCAUGUCUGAAAAUGGCUUAUGUUAUAGGAAGCAAGUGAAAAUAUGACCUUCAGAGACGCAGCCCUUCACCUUCAUAUAUGCAGCAUGUAGAUGGUGAUCUGAUACGAACUUCCAACAGAGACUGUAGAAGAUAAAACGAUACAGAAGCAA